AUGCCUCGAGAAACUAAGGCCGGACGAGGACGUAAGAGGAAAAAUGUUCCCAACGUUUCUCAGAGAGCUGGAGGGUCGACUUCUGCAACCAAAAGACCGACCAAUCUACCAAGCCAGUAUAAUUUCACCCCACCAGUUCAAGUCCCUCCGACUCAAUCUCCAGCGGAAGAAGGACCAGUUCAUCGACAACAGGCAACGUCCGCACAACAAGUCCGGAAUUAUCCACCACCACAACAUCUUUUCCAGAGCGGCGGAACUGAAGAAGUUGAUGCCGCGACUCCGACGUCUGCAGAAGUACACUCUCAAGCUCCAGGGCAUCAAAGGCAACACUCUCAAGCUCCAGGGGAUGAAAGGCAACACUCUCAAGCUCCAGGGCAUCGAAGGCAAAACUCUUCGCAAGGCAACAACUUCCAGGAGGAUUGUCCUCGAGUCUUGCCAGAACUCCAGGAGAACACAGCCCGAGCUCUCAAUGCUCUCCUAGCUAUUCCGGAUAGACACUUGUAUACAACGGUCCUGUCAAUCAAAGAUUUGCCGAACACAACAUGGUUUACUCGGAACCCGAAACUAGUUAAGAAGGUUGUUAAAGUCUUGACUAACAAAUUUGAUGGACUCUUUUAUAACUGGUCUUGUGUGCCUCAGGACAGAAGAGAUAGAUACUUCAUCGAGUUUGCUAAAACUCACACAUGGGAUCCCUUGAUAACAGGCCAAGUGCAAGAGCAAUUUGAGUUGAUAUGUCAACGCCGGUUGAAAGACAUGAUUAGCACUGUGAGGACUACUCGAGAGCAACCAAGUUGGAUCGUAGACACCAUCUGGGAUGUUAUGGUCGCUUACUGGGACACUGAAGAAGCACAACAAAGGAGUCAAACCUACUCCUCUGCACGUAUGUCUGACCGAAAGGGUCUUGGUCCUCACGUCCACUUCUCAGGGCCUAAGUCGUUUCAACAAAUCCAAUAUGAAAUGGUAAGUUUACUUGCUUCAGUUUAA